AUGAGGCGAUUCUCAACAGCAGUUACCAUUACUGAUCCUUUGGUAAAAUACCAGACGCUUGUCAAAACCGGCAUAUAUUCCCCGGACCCCGCCCAACACAGGUUGGCACGCCACUUGAGGGACAUAUAUCUUCGCAUCAAAGACUAUUCACCCCAGAUAGAAUACCGCCAAAGGCUGACACAAGUUGCGCGCCUCACGGAGUCCAGGAUCCCAAACGACGAAGAAGCAGGCAAUAUUCUUGCCCUGCGAAGCCACAGCAUAUGGCGCAAUCCCCUGUUCAAACAUCUCAUCCCCAGUGCCGCCGCAGACCGCGACAGCCUCGCUCUCACUCGAGUGCUUAGUGACCACGAAGCCGCCAUAGAGAUAGGUUCUCCCAGGGGUUUAUUCCUCUCAGGAGAGGUGGGCACAGGUAAAUCCAUGCUCCUCGACCUAUUGGCAGACGGAUUACCCACGGAAUGUAAACGAAGAUGGCACUUUAACACGUUUAUGCUGUACGUAUUUGCGCAGCUCGACAAGUACAGAGAAUCACAAAUCAACUCUUCUGGCGCUGAUUCAGAGUUCUCAUUGGUUUGGAUGGCAAAAAAACUCGUCGACGAGUCUCCCAUCCUCUUCCUGGACGAAUUUCAGUUGCCUGACCGGGCAGCCAGCAAGAUCCUCAGCCACCUUUUCAUAGCAUUCUUCCAACUAGGUGGCGUCCUUGUUGCAUCGUCAAAUCGAAUGCCGGAAGAAUUGCAAAGAGCAACGGGCAUUCAUUACGCUCCUGCCUCUCCAAAGGGAUUGAUGGGCAAGAUUUUUGGCGGAAGCACGCGAUAUAAAGGGGAGCUUUAUGGCCAGAGCAGCGACUUUGCCAACUUUCUUGACGUUUUAAAAGCCAGGUGUGAUUUCUGGCAGAUGGAGGGAGCCACAGAUUGGAGAAGAAGAGAGAGCACCGACUGUUCGAAAACAUCCAUCGUCAGCACUCCAACCAGCACAGGACUGGCUGGCGCAACAGACGAUGACAAUACCACGAGUCACCACGACUUAACCACGCGCAACAUACCAUACAACUACUUCUUAUAUGACAGCCAGAAUACCCACAAAUUCGAAAAACGGAUCGAAGAAACCAUUGGGUGGAACAAUUCGGCACAGAUGCCAUGGAGGCCGUCCGCCCUAAUCGUAUACGGUCGGCAGGUCCUCACCCCCAAACACCACGACGGCACUGUACUUUGGACCUUUAAUCACCUCGUCGAAUCAUUCGGUCCAGCAGACUACAUUACAAUGGCCUCAUCCUACCACACCUUCAUUAUCGACCAAGUCCCCAUCCUAACAGUGCCGCAAAAAAACGAAGCCCGCCGAUUCAUCACACUCCUUGACGCCCUUUACGAAGCCCGCUGCAAACUUAUCAUCCGGGCACAGAGCCCACCUGAUGAUCUCUUCUUCCCACAAAACGAACCCCUCACAAGCCCCAGAUCCAAGGACAGUCAACCCGACGGCGACGCAACCUACUCUGAGACCAUUGCUGAAGUCUACCAGGACCAAAUGGCCCCCUUCCGACCCAACGUGUCAUACUACGACACCAAAGCAUCCACGUCAAAAUACGAUCCCGAUCAAGACUCCGACUUUGGUCUGCAAAAGCAGAGUAUCAAUUUCGGCAACACUGGUGCGUUCACGGGUGAAGAUGAGCGAUUCGCUUACAAACGCGCCAUCUCACGACUGUGGGAGCUGUGCAGCGCGACGUGGCACGCCAGGACAGGAUCUUGGUGGCAGCCGCUCCCUCUCGAGGCUAGGCACUGGGAAGGCGGCGUAGCCUCGCAGCCAGUCCAAACGAGCGUCUCAUCGAAGAAGCCAGAUACAGGUGAAAGAAUGGGCGACAGCAUGGAAAUAGACGUGGCUGGGCUGUCCAAGUGGAAAGUAGACGAUUUACGCAAACAAUCCGACAGCGAGAAAUAA